AUGCCGUUCGUGCGCUACCGAAAGGUCGUGAUCCUGGGAUACCGCUCGGUCGGUAAGACAUCUCUUGCUCACCAGUUCAUUGAUGGGGAAUUUCUGGAAUGCUAUGACCCCACUGUGGAAAGCACUUACAACAAAAUGUUGAUGGUGGGAAAAGAUGAAUUCCACUUGCAGCUUGUGGACACUGCAGGACAGGAUGAAUACACUAUCUUGCCUCACUCAUUUAUCAUUGGCAUCCAUGGCUACGUGCUGGUCUAUUCUGUCACAUCCCUCAGAAGUUUUCAGGUGGUGAAGUCCCUGCACAGCAAGUUACAUGAAAGCAGAGGGAAGACAAGGAUGCCUGUAGUUCUUGUUGGCAAUAAAGCUGAUCUGUCCUUAGAAAGUCGUCAGGUAAAGACAGAUGAAGGCCGGAAACUUGCUGAUUCAUGGGGUGCUGUGUUUUUGGAAUCCUCAGCAAAAGAAAACCAGAUGACUCAAGGUAUCUUCACAAAGGUCAUUGAAGAAAUUGAUCGUGUGGACAAUUCCUAUGGUGAACAGCGCAAUUGCACCAUAAUGUGAUGCUGCUUUCCCCUACCCGUGAUGCUGCUUGGCCAGUGGGCGGGUGGGGGUAAAGCACAGACCCAGGCCAAUUCAGGGCAGGUAUUGUGGCUACCUAGAGCCCUGAUCAGCAGGUCUGAACUAACUUACGGGUAACUCACACACAGAUACAAUUAUACCUCAUCACUGGUCCUCCAUGGGAGGCGGCCAUGUUUUGCACAUUAGUUUGCUGGAAGCAAUCCAUGUAUGUAUUUCCUGUACAUAUAUGUAUGUGUGUGUUUGUGUGUAACGUAUUGCCAAAUGUUUACAGAAGUGGGAGCCACAAUAGGAUCUAGUUAUGAUUUGUUAUAUAGGGAUUUGUGUGUGUGUGUGUGUAUAUUUAUAACAAAAGUUACAAUCAGCUCACCUGUUUACAAAAGGAACUGUUCACAACUCAAUGUAACAGAGAGGCAGCUGAAUGUAACAUUUUCCGAGUGGGAUCUGCUAAAGGCC